AUGAGAUACGUUGUGAUUUCUUUUUGUUUUCAAUUUAAUGAGAAGGUAUGGAAUUUUUUGAUAAAAUAUUAAGCAGUACUCGACACACUCUCUGUCUCCCACUCACUCCAUUGUUUAACAAACACAUGACAAAAAGAAGAGAAGGGACAUAGAGAGGAUAUCUAGAGGUGUGCAAAGCAAUAGCAAUAGCAAUAGCAAUGGCAGUGGCAGUAGUAGGUGAUAAUAAUAAGCCUCAUGCAGUUUGCAUACCAUACCCAGCUCAAAGCCACAUAAAAGGAAUGAUGAAACUAGCAAAGCUCCUCCACCAUAAGGGCUUUUACAUCACUUUCGUCAACACAGAGUUCAACCAAAACCGCCUAAUCAAAGCCGGAGGACCUGACUCUCUCAAUGGCUGCCCUAACUUCCAAUUCAAAACAAUCCCAGAUAGCCUCCCACCAUCUGACCCCGAUGGCAACCAAGACAUAACUCUUCUCUGUAGAUCCAUUAGAAGGAACUUGUUGACACCAUUUUGCAACCUCCUUGCUCAACUCAAUGAAGACGACAACACUACCACACCAUCUGUCACUUGUAUUGUCUCUGAUGGUAUAAUGCCAUUUACCAUUAGAGCUGCUCAUGAGCUCCAAAUCCCGGUCGCUGUGUUCUGGACUUUUGCUGCUUGUGCCUUCAUGGGCUAUUAUCAGUAUCGUGCACUCUUGGACAGAGGUCUUACACCACUCAAAGAUUCAAGUUAUCUAACUAGUGGAUAUUUGGACACUGCAAUAGACUGGAUUCCUGGAAUGAAAGAUAUUCGUCUGAAGGACCUUCCAACGUUUUUUCAAACUACUGACCCAAAUGAUGAGAUAUUUAACUUAAGCAUGGACUCAGCAGAAAGUGCUUCACAAGCUUCAGCAUUGGGCCUUCAUACUUUCGAUGCGUUGGAGCAAGAUGUUUUGGGUGCUCUCUCAUCUAUUUUUCCCCACAUUUACACCAUUGGUCCUUUACAGUUGCUUCUGAACCAGCAUGUAUCACCAAAAGAACAAGACCAGUUGGCGUCUCUUGGAUGCAAUCUAUGGAAAGAAGAACCAAAGUGUCUCCAAUGGCUUGAUUCCAGAGAACCUGGCUCUGUUGUUUAUGUCAAUUUUGGGAGUCUAGCAGUCAUGUCAUUGCAACACUUGGUAGAGUUUGCUUGGGGACUUGCCAAUAGCAAUCACUACUUCUUAUGGAUAAUUAGGCCUGAUCUAGUGAUCGGAGAAUCGGCUAUUCUGCCACCAGAAUUCGAGGCAGACACUAAAGAAAGAGGACUGAUAGCAGGUUGGUGCUCGCAAGAGCAAGUCCUAAAUCACCCAUCAGUUGGGGUGUUCUUAACACACAGUGGAUGGAACUCAACUAUUGAGAGCUUGACAGCGGGGGUGCCCAUGAUGUGUUGGCCAUUUUUAGCGGAUCAGGUGACAAACUGUAGGUACACUUGCACUGAAUGGGAAGUUGGUAUGGAGAUUGAUCAUAAUGCGAAAAGAGAUGAAGUAGAGAAGCUUGUUAAAGAGUUCAUGGAAGGAAAAAAAGGGAAGAAAAUGACGAAAAAGGCUAUGGAGUGGAAGAAAUUGGCAGAAAAAGCCACUGGACCAGAUGGGUCAUCCACUUUAAAUUUGGACAAAUUGGUGAAUGUGCUGCUGUCAGGACAGAUACACCGAUACAUCGCAUGCUGUAGUUCACUGUGA